AUGCCACCACCAUCAACCACCUCUAUGAAACACCGCGAUUUAGACGCGGUUCUCCUCCUCCUCCUUCUAUGUGAACUACGUCAACAUGAUCCCGAAGCACUCGAUCUACCUCCAUCAAGGUGGCGCGUUGUUAUUUGUCAAUACAUAGCUAAAGAUGCACUAAAAUUCUCUAGCAUUAGUUGUUCCAACAGAGAAAUCAUAAUGAAGUUUAUUGAUUUGCUAGCAAAGUGCAAGAACUUUGUCAAGGCCAUGAUUCAUGCAGGUGAUGGUAUUGGAGGAAAAGAUCGGAAGGAGGUGGCAACAUCGAUAGCGACAAUAGUAGCACUACCAUCAGUAGAAGCGAGCAACGACGACAAUGACGGGAGGAAGGAAUGUGUUAUAUGUAAAGAAGAGAUGAAAGAAGGAAGAGAUGUUUGUAAAUUGCCAUGUCAUCAUACAUUUCAUUGGAUAUGUAUAUUGCCUUGGUUGAAAAAAAGGAACACGUGUCCAUGUUGUCGAUAUCAGCUACCGUCCGAUGAUGUUUACGCUGAGAUCCAACGGUUGUGGGAAGUUGUGGCCAAGAUGAGUGAUAGUGCAAAUUUUGUAGGAAUUAGUAAUUGUAAUUAG